AUGUAUCCAAGCCCGAGAAUACCAGUUGGAUCAUGGAUCCUUGUGACAGGAGUCAAUGGCCUAGUCGCAAGUAACAUUGCCAACCUAUUGCUUGAGAUGGACUACAAAGUCCGUGGCACCGUGAGAAACGUGGAAAAAGCAAGCUGGAUGCAGCAAAAGUUCGACAAACUGUACGGCGAGAACAACUUCGAGCUGAUCUCCGUCGCUGACUUGGCGCACGAAGGAGCCUUCGAUGAAGCCGUCAAAGGAGUCUCUGGGGUUGCACAUGUUGCGUCCAUCGUCGGCUCCUUCGAUCCCAAUACUGGCAUUCCAGGUGUUAUUGACGGCGCUGUCAACACAUUGAAGUCCGCGGCAAAAGAGCCUUCCGUCAAAGCUUUCGUCUACACCUCCACCUCCUGGGCUGCAGCCAAUCCUCAGCCGAACGUCGAUUACAGCAUCGGACCAGAUUCUUGGAACGAACAUGCCAUCAAGGCUGCAUGGGCACCGCCGCCCUACGGCCCAGAGAGAACGAUGGACGUCUAUGCCGCAGGAAAAGCUGAAGCAGAGGCUGCUUCGUGGAAGUAUAUAAAAGAUACGAAGCCGUCUUUUGUCUUCAAUGCUGUCUUGCCAAGUGCAAAUUUUGGGGUCGUGUGCGAUCCUGAGCAUCAGGGUUUCCCAAGUACAACCGGGUGGCUCAAAAGCCUCUUCGACGGAGAGAUCACACUGCAUAGCUUUGUUCCAUCGCAGUACGCCAUUGACACAAUCGACUGUGCCCGUCUCCAUGUCGGCGCCUUGCUUGAGACGACAAUCGACAAUCAGCGUCUCUUUGGCUACGCCGAGCCGUAUACUUGGAAUGAAAUGCUAGCUGUAUUCCGACGGCUGUAUCCUGCUCGAAAGUUCAUGAAUGACCUUCCAGAUGCAGGGUGUGAUCUCAGUACUGUGACGAAUGAAAGCGCUGCUGAGGUGCUCAGGAAGUUUGGGAAAUCGGGCUUCACCACCUUCGAGGAGUCCGUCAAGGCAGCUACAGAGCAAAUUCUGGCUUUCGAGAAAUCAAAGGAAUAA